AUGAGCAAAAGAGACUUCUCCCCCAGUCAUCAAGUGGCUGGAGAACCUAUUGCCAAGAAACGAUCCGGCUUGAGGAACAAACAGCCGAUUGAUUAUAUUGCACUGAAUGAAGGCGAUGACAAAAAACUGAAGCAUGUUCACCCCCAUACGGAAGCAUUCUUGGCAUGUUUUGAAAGAUAUGAGAAUACUAAAAGUGUCCUGGACUCCAAAAGUUUCAAUCAGAAUUUUGCAUCGGUUGAUAAACCAAUCAAGAUACUAGAUCCUGAGAAUUCCGGGAUGGUGAUACCCAGUCCUAAAGAUCUUGGAUUUUCUGAUCAUGACAGAAGUCUAACUGUAGAUGAUAUUACAAAGGCACUUGGCGAAGACUAUCCGGUGGACGUCAUGGACAUUCAAACCCAGCAAAAUGAGAGAUGGUCCAUGUCGCAAUGGAAUGACUAUUUCAGCAAGACUACACCCGAAGAGAGGGACCGUGUACGAAAUGUCAUAUCACUGGAGGUUUCGCAUGUCAAUCGCUUAAAAAUCGAAAGGCCAAAAGGUGUUGAAGAAAACGAUCUUGUUAAUAUACUUUGGGAUUUUGUGGGAAUUGAGGAUACCAAACCAAAAGUGACGCGCUACAUACUGAUGUCGGCAGCAAAUUCAUACACUGAUUUUCAUUUGGAUUUUGCUGGUACAUCGGUUUACUACAAUUUAAUUUCGGGAAAUAAAAAGUUCAUACUGUUUCCACCGACGGAGAGUAAUUUGCAAAAAUAUUCAAGUUGGUGUACCGAUCCCAAUCAGAAUAUAAUAUUCUUAGGUGAUAUUUUAACGGAUGGUACAGCGAUGGAAUUGAAUGGAGGUGAUCUCUUUAUGAUUCCCUCCGGUUUUAUCCAUGCUGUAUAUACUCCCCAAGAUUCUUUGAUAAUAGGUGGGAAUUUUCUAACCGUACGGAACGUAGACACCCAAUUAGAUGUUGUUGCUGUAGAGAGACUUACUAAGGUGCCGAAACGGUUUACUUUUCCCCAUUUCGACUUGGUUAUGGGUAAAUGUUGUGAAUGGGUCCUUUCUCGUUCAACCGAUAAAAAUGUAAAACUCGAAAAGAUGACGCCAGCGAUAAUGAAAAAAUCAAUGGAGGCUCUGAUACGGUACAUGGAGAAGCCACAAAUAAAGUACAAACCUGUUAAUUACUCGUCAAAGAGAAUACUGAUUAAAGAACUAAAGCUAUAUCUAGAUAAGUGGUAA